GUAAUCAAAUGAAGAGCGCGGGUCCAGUUGUGUGAUACCGCAUAAAUAACUGUUGGAAACAGCUUGAGUUAUUUCGUUUAGUGGCACGAGGUUUCUCUUCUUUAGUUAAUAGAAAACGUUUUAAUUGUAAGUUAAUGAAAUUAGUUUUUACUUGAUCGGCUGGAUUGAUUACUAGUGCCAUUGAAAAAAUCUUUUGGAUAUUGAAAAUGCUGUAACAAGGGCUCAAAAUAGAGCUGAAGGCCUGAAGCAAUCACAGAAGGUGCUAUCUGAUCCCAUAUCGUAGAAAAUCUGAUAAUUUUGUACAGUGGUCAGUGAUAAAAAUAAAUUACGGGAGGCUUCAAAUGAAACUCGACGACAAUCAAAGUUGGCAAUAAAAAAAACGUAAAAUAUUUGAGAAAGUCUCCCUCAAGUGCGUGUCAUUUGCAAUUUAUUUUGGCUAGUCGGUUUGAAAAAAAAAAUUGGAUUGUUUGUGUAAUUUCAAUCGCAGCAAUAGUUCUGCACAGAAAGUAGUUCAAUUAGAUGAAGUUCUAGUGUUUAUGUUCACACAACUGCUAACAGAAGAAGAAAAAAGUGUAACAAGCUUAUUCAGUGAUAAGUGAUGUAUGCUUUGUUGUCCGAGUGCCUUUCUGUUAAGAAAAAGAACAUCUGCUAGCAAUACAAAAGCGACAAAUAUAUUUAGGAGAAAAAAAAACAUUAGCCAACAGAAUUAACCGUCCGUUGAACGCGUCAGUUGAUCGGCAAGCAAAACAAAAAAAAACGUUCAAUCGGGGAAGUCCCUGUUGCUGCUUGCUUGCUGCUCCUGCUGCUGCUUUUCGAUAAACCGGGCGUUCAAAUUUGAACGUCAACGAACCAUAGACCAUAUUUUCCUGGAAUGAAAAUGGCUCCGACCAAGCAGAACGGGACGACGGCAGCCCUGAUCCCGCAGAUCCGGAAAACUAUCACAACCAGAUCCAAAGCGGCCAACAAUCAGAACCUCCACCCGGAUGAUCAGCCAUUACAGCGGGGCAAGCGGAAAGCCGACCUCAGCCCCAUUAAGAACGAUCGUGGAGUCAAACGUUCGGCCCUUGGCAACUUGACCAAUGCAGUGGUGCUCACCGCAUCCGAAAGCGACACCGAUGGGGGUCUCGGUUUGCUCAAGGGAGGCACCAAAACCUCCAUCAAACAAGCCACCAACAACAUCCUGCACACUUUCGCCACCAACAUGAUCCUACAGGGCAAAAAGGGAACGACUGCAGCCAUCAAGACUGAAGUAUUUACUAAACCGGACCCAGACGGACCAAAAACCCGUGCGGCCACCAAAACUUUGACCCGUGCCGCGAGCCGGCAGCAGCAAAAGACGGUCACCGUUAAAUCGACUAACAGUACCGAACAUCCGUUGCAGCAAGAAAUUUCCACAAUGUCAACUGCCCUGGUGAAAACAAAAGAUCUGGGCUUUAAUUCGCAGAAGACUACCACCACAACUUCUGUCGCUCAGCAAGUGACGAAACCAAAGCGUAGGAUAACGAACGAAUUUGAAAAGACUGAAGACAGUUUGUACGUGUCUGCUCUGGAGGACAUCACGGUCGGCGGAGGAUCGCUGCGAUUAUCUGAGAAUUUCGAGAGCACCCCAACCCGUCUGGAGAGUGUUAGCGAGACGGAUAAGUCCAAAGAAAGCUCGCCCAGGAAGAAAACUCCUGAGGGAGUUGAAGACUUUGAUCUGUCCAACUGGAACGACAUUUUCCAGGUGUCACACUACGCUCAAGAUAUUUUCCAAUACCAGAAAGAUCGGGAGGUGCAUUUCGUCAUUCCAGAUUAUAUGGUCAAACAACCGCACAUAAGCAAAUGGAUGCGUGCUCUGCUGGUUGACUGGAUGGUUGAGAUUCAGGAAUCAUUCGAGUUGAACCACGAAACGCUCUAUCUGGCGGUUAAAAUAGUCGAUAUUUAUCUAUCACGGACGGAAAUAGAACGAGGAUCACUUCAACUGCUGGGUGCUGCUGCACUUUUCAUCGCUGCCAAGUAUGAUGAGCGGAUCCCGCCAACGGUGGACGACUUCCACUACAUCUGCGAUGGUGCCUACCAGCGUCGGGAAAUGAUUCUUAUGGAAAUGAAUGUGUUCAAAACGAUCGGCUACGAUCUAGGGAUUCCACUGUCGUAUCGUUUUCUGAGACGUUAUGCACGGGUCAAUCGAAUCGACAUGCCAGUACUAACGCUGGCUCGGUACAUUCUCGAGUACACUUUGAUGGACUACUCUAUUGUACAGUUACGUGAUUCGAAGCUGGCCUGUGCAGCCUUGUUCAUCGCGAUGCGUAUCAAUAAUAUGCCCGGGUGGAAUAAGACUCUGGAGUUCUAUUCAGGGUACAAAAUCGAGGAGUUUGCCGACAUUGCCAUUCUGCUGAACAAUAUAAUGACGCGUAAGCCCAAGGAAUCACUCAACACCGUGCGCCACAAGUAUUCACACGAGCUGUUCUUCGAGUCGGCCAAGAAACCGUUCAUUACCGAUUUGACCAAACUGUUCGACACGACCGGUUAUCAGCCGCCGAAGCAACCGAGCGCUCUUUGUCAACUUACGGACAGCACCGUUUCCACUGUUGCUACUGCUGCCGCCAACAAGACUCAUCAUGUAACAAAAUCCGCGUAACAGGAUAUUCGAAAUAUUUUAUCAACCCUUUUCAAAGUUGUCAUAUUUUGGUUUCGCCACCGAGCGGCCAGUAACGAUUGGAAUCCUUUUUUAUAUCAUCUAUUUGUAGUUAGUCAGAAUACAGAUUUAUUUUAUGGGUUCAAUCCUUUCAACGAAA